GGGCCGAAGGGAGGCUCGAGCUCCGGCCCGGUGCUUCAUUUCCUUCCGUGAGAUCGACUGAGUGGAAAAUGGGCGGGAACGAGCCGGACCGUCCCUUCACGCUCUUUUGCAUGUCAUUUGCAUGUCAUUUGCAUACCCCGUUUGAAAAGUGAGCAGGCGACGAAGGCUUAAUUGCAGCUCCGAGCAGCAUGGAAUUGACUCCAGUGGUGGGAAAAGCGAUCAAGCCAAUUGACCGCAGGUCCGUUCAUCAGAUCUGUUCAGGCCAGGUGGUGCUGAAUCUCUGUAGUGCCGUGAAAGAGCUGGUGGAAAACAGCCUAGAUGCUGGUGCUACUAACGUCGAAGUGAAGCUUAAAGAUUAUGGAGCAGAUCUUAUUGAAGUCUCUGAUAAUGGUUGCGGUGUAGAAGAGGAAAACUUUGCAGGCUUGACACUGAAGCAUUAUACUUCCAAGAUCCAAGAUUUCUCUGAUCUUAUCAACGUGGAAACAUUCGGUUUUCGAGGUGAAGCUCUGAGUUCCUUGUGUGCGUUAAGCGAUGUUUCCGUUGUCACUUGUCACAAGUCUGCCAAUAUUGGGACACGGCUGGUGUUUGAUCACAGUGGGAAGAUCACCCGGAGAGUCCCUAUCUCCCGACCACAGGGGACCACUGUCAGCAUCCAGCAGCUGUUUCACACUUUGCCGGUCCGACACAAAGAAUUUCAGCGUAACAUCAAGAAGGAGUUUGCAAAAAUGGUUCAGGUAUUGCAAGCGUACUGCGUCAUCUGCACCGGGAUACGGAUUAACUGCACGAACCAGGUUGGUCAAGGGAAAAAGCAAGCGGUUGUGUGCACCAGCGGAAGCUCUACUUUGAAGGAAAGCAUUGGUGCUGUAUUUGGACAAAAACAGGUACAAACUCUGAUUCCAUUUGUACAGCUCCCUCCGAGCGGAGAAAUCUGUGAAGAAUAUGGCUUGAAUUUUUCUGAUAUGCCCACUAAGCUUUAUACCAUCACAGGAUUCGUUUCCCGUUGCAGUCACGGUGAUGGGAGGAAUACUGCAGAUAGGCAGUUCUUUUUUAUUAACCAGCGGCCAUGUGAUCCACGCAAGGUUUCCAAAGUUGUGAAUGAAGUAUAUCAUAUGUUUAAUAAGCACCAAUAUCCAUUUAUUGUUCUUAACAUCCAUGCAGAAUCCGGAUGCGUGGACAUCAACGUGACUCCGGAUAAAAGGCAGAUCUUGCUCCAGGAAGAGAAGCUUUUAUUAGCAAUCCUAAAAAUGUCACUGAUGGCAAUGUUUGGCAGUGACGUUAAUAAAUUGGUGGUCAAUCAAAAGCUGACAGAUGUUGAAGGGAACUUGAAAAGCACUCUCCGAAAUGAGACAGCAGUGCCUCCCUUGGAAACGUCACACAGUUCUCCAAAUCUGGGUGUGAAAAUAGAUCUGGCGGUUAGUCGAUUAAGGGAGUCCUUUUCUUUGUCACCGAGAAAGUCAUCUGCUUUCCAAGAGGCUGAAAAAGCCAAACAGGCGUGCAGAUCCCCCAAACAAGGAACACUCCAAAUGUUUCCUGGCAUUUCAGCGUCUCCCCAAGAGAAAACUCUUUCUUACAAGGGUGCUAAAGAUGGAAGCGAGCUGGAUUUAAGGAGAUCCCCGCUUGCAGGCUGGAAGCUGGAGAAAUCAAUGGAAGACAUUGAUUAUGGUUUGGGUAGCUCCUCUGCUGAUGGAAGCGAGGUGGAUUCAAGGAGAUCCCCACUUGCAGGGCAGAAGUUGGAGAAAUCAGUCGAAGGCACGGAUUCUGGUUUGGGUAGUGCCUCUGCAGAGUCAGAUGGGGGUUUCAGCACCCCAGAGGUGGGUGCCCAACUUAGAGCUGAAAGUGCUGUUGGUUCCCCAAGUGAAGAACCCUGUGUUUUUAGAGGAGAAAUUCAGAGCAGUGACUGUGGAUCUUUCGGGGUUUUCCGGCCCUCUGAAUCAAGCCAGAGCGAAGGGGAGAGCGUCUCUCCGCAAGCCGAUUUAUCUCCCCAAGCAAAACGUUUUAAGAACAGCCCACCUUUUGCACCCAAGGCCAGUUCCUCGGAGACAACACGUGAGCAGGACUCUGGAGCGCAGCCCUUGUACGACGUCCCCGUAAAACUGGAAAAGAGAACGGUGCCUCUCGCCGUCUCUUGGAGCACCUUGGCGGACCGAAUCCGGAAGCAGUUGAGGCACCAGGAGACCAAAAGGGAAAUGCUGAAAUGCAGAAAGUUUAGGGCAAAGAUUAGCCCAGAAGAAAACAAAACAGCGGAGGAUGAGUUAAGGAAGGAAAUAAGUAAAGAGAUGUUUGCUGACAUGGAUGUCAUUGGCCAGUUUAAUCUAGGGUUUAUCAUCGCCAAGCUGAAAUCGGACCUCUUCAUCAUUGACCAGCACGCUUCGGAUGAGAAAUACAACUUUGAGAUGUUGCAAGAGCACACGGUCCUGCAGGGGCAGAAGCUGAUCAGGCCUCAAAAUCUUAAUUUAACUGCUGUGAGUGAAAGUAUCUUGAGGGAUAAUCUGGAGAUCUUCCAGAAAAAUGGAUUUGAUUUUGUUGUUGAUGAAAACGCUCCUGUAACUCAAAGAGUUAAGCUCUUAUCUUUACCAACCAGCAAAAACUGGACUUUUGGUCCUCAAGACAUAGAAGAAUUAAUCUUUAUGUUAAGCGAUUCCCCGGGAGUCAUGUGCAGGCCAUCCAGAGUCAGGCAGAUGUUUGCUUCCCGAGCGUGUAGGAAAUCCGUGAUGAUUGGAACCCCACUCACUGCUGGUGAAAUGAAGAAAUUGAUCACUCACAUGGGUGAAAUUGAGCACCCUUGGAAUUGUCCCCACGGCAGACCCACAAUACGACAUUUGGUCAACCUGGACCUUAUUAUGCAAGAGUGAUGGGCUUCGUGCUGUAUCAGCACUUACUUUAUCAAGGAAUGUGACCGUGAUCUUUGAGGCUAUCACAGAGCUCUCAAUUUUGCUAGACCAGAAGCUUAAAUCAUGGUUUUGUGUUGCAAAAGAAGAACAUGUUUCUCUCUCUCUCUCCCCUUCAAAGGGGCUGGAGACUCUCCAAGUGGUUCCGUUAAUAUAGACCCAAUAACUUUCCAUCUCCUGCCCUCCGAAAGAAGACUUUUUUGCAUUUUUGUUGAAAAAAUGGCCAGAAAAUACAGCACUGCCUUUUCCCCCAAAUGGGCUUGUUUUAUUGCUGCCCUUACAGAAAUCUUUGUUUUCUGCCCAUGUUCUUCAUUUUAUUGAUUUCCUCUUCCCUGUAUACAGAAAGAAUUAAGUGCACAUCACAUACCCUGUCUGGAGGACCUCCUGUUUUAGAGCAGACCCAUUUUUAAAAUAAAGAUUCCUUUUAAAAUACCUGAA